AUGGCAAAGCCAAUCACAGUGUUAAAAAGCAUUGGACCAAAACUGGUGCCGUUCUUCAAGACAGUUGCACUGUAUUUUGUCCUGUACCCCGAUGAGAAUCCACCGACCAUUUUUUGUUGCCUCUUCAAAUGUCUGCCCAUCAUCUCUCUCAUGCUUUUUGUCCUUCUUCAAGGCAUGAGUUUCAGUAUUUACUACCGAUAUUCAAGAAGAAUCUUGGUUGGACUUAUCUUCAGUUGCCUUGGUGAUGCUUUUCUUGUCUGGAAACAGAAUUAUUUCAUGCACGGCAUUGCCAUGUUUGCCGUUUCCCAAGUGAUGUAUGCUCGAGCUUUUGGCUGGAAACCUUUUAACCCAUACGCUCUCGGAGUAUUGUCCGUCAUCGGAAUCGCCGGGUAUUACUACGUAGCAUCUGAUCUGAAAGGUGUCCUCCUCUGUUUGGUAGCCCUAUAUAUGGUUCUAAUACUGACCAUGGCAUGGCGAGCAAUUGCCAGGGUCCAGUUUUUUGAUGAGCUGUGGACAUGGACUAAAUUGUGCGGCUGUGCCGGCUCCAUUUUAUUCCUCAUCUCUGACUUUGUUAUUGCCAUCGACAAGUUCCGAACACCUGUGCCAUUUUCUCACACCAUCGUAAUGUCUACAUAUUAUGCAGCUCAGCUUGGCAUUUCUUUGUCAGUUGUUGAUAGCCAAGCUGAAGAACUUUUGGCACAGUCCAAAAGAGAAUUCUCUGAAACAAAUGAUGCCAAGGUGAAAUGA